GCCAGCAUCUGGGACCGGCCGAUUCUGCACCUCCGUCCGGCGCUGCCCUUUGAUUCGGAUUUCCAUCUUGCAUUCUCCGGCGGACCGCGGGACCUGGCUCGUGCAGAGGAGGGGGGCCGAUCGCUAUGGAGUAUUUCAUGGUGCCCACUCAGAAGGUGCCCUCUUUGCAACAUUUCAGGAAAACAGAGAAAGAAGUGAUAGGAGGGCUCUGUAGCCUGGCCAACAUUCCACUGACCCCUGAGACUCAGCGGGACCAGGAGCGGCGGAUUCGGCGGGAGAUUGCCAACAGCAACGAGCGGAGGCGCAUGCAGAGCAUCAACGCGGGCUUCCAGUCCCUCAAGACCCUCAUCCCCCACACAGAUGGAGAGAAGCUCAGCAAGGCAGCCAUUCUCCAGCAGACAGCAGAGUAUAUCUUCUCCCUGGAGCAGGAGAAGACCCGGCUCCUGCAGCAGAACACACAGCUCAAGCGCUUCAUCCAGGAGCUGAGCGGCUCAUCCCCCAAACGGAGGCGGGCAGAGGACAAAGACGAGGGCAUUGGCUCGCCGGACAUCUGGGAGGACGAGAAGGCGGAGGAUCUGCGGCGGGAGAUGAUCGAGCUGCGGCAGCAACUGGACAAGGAGCGCUCGGUGCGCAUGAUGCUGGAGGAGCAGGUCCGCUCCCUGGAGGCCCACAUGUACCCGGAAAAGCUCAAGGUGAUUGCACAGCAGGUGCAGCUGCAGCAGCAGCAGGAGCAGGUCCGGCUGCUGCACCAGGAGAAGCUGGAGCGGGAACAGCAGCACCUGCGGACCCAGCUCCUGCCCACUCCGGCCCCCACCCACCACCCCACGGUGAUAGUGCCAGCGCCGGCACCCCCUCCCUCCCACCACAUCAACGUCGUCACCAUGGGCCCCUCCUCGGUCAUCAACUCUGUUUCAACGUCCCGGCAAAAUCUGGACACCAUCGUGCAGGCGAUCCAGCACAUCGAGGGCACCCAGGGCCAGGAGGAGGAGCAGCGGCGAGCCGUCAUCGUGAAGCCGGUCCGCGGUUGCCCCGAGGCCCACGCCUCGGACACCGCCUCCGAUUCGGAGGCCUCAGACAGCGACGCCAUGGACCAGGGCCGGGAGGAGCCGGCAGGGAACGGGGGGCUUCCCUGACCAGCCCCCCAGCCCUCCUCUCCCUUCUGGGGGCUGGAGGGGGCGGGGCAGCAACUGGGAGAGAGACGAGGGUGAACGAGUGAGAAAUUUUUACAAAAUUUACGGCGUCAUUUGGGUCUCUUUUAUGACCUCUUUUUUCAAUACUGUAAAUCGUCCUUUGAGUGAAGCCGCUCUACCCGAAGUCCGGGGCUGGGGCGGCAGGAGCACCUGGCAGCACCCGGGCAAGUGGGGCUGGGCCUCAGCCCCGGAGGCUGGGGAAGCGGACCUGGAGGUGCCUGGCCUCUCUCCGCCAAAAAAGCAUUUUUUCAAUGAAACAUGUUUUUAAGAACAGGGAAAAAAAUCAAAACAAAACCCCACGGUAUUUCUGCCCUCUCCGGAGCCAGCCCGACGACCGUCAGUUUUUAAUUACCCCUUCCCUCCUCUUUCUUUGGUGUUCUUUCUCCUUUAAGCACUUACAUGGGUUGGGGGUCUGGCUGGGUCGGGGCUCUGGGGGUCCGGGGGUCUCCACUGCUUCUCGGUUGGGGUUUGCUGCUGACCUUCUCCCCUCCCCUCCCUCACCACCCGGCCCCCCACCUCUCCCUCCAGGUUUCCCAUCUUGCACCCCCAAAAAGUCUUUGUCUCUCUCUUUGUUUUGUUUGUUGUUGGUUCUUUUUUGGUUUUGGUUUUUUUUUUUUACAAUUUUGAGGUCUUUGUGUUCAAGGAGAAGCUAUUAUAUUUUGUUAAAAAAGUGGGGGGUGGGGAACCAAGAGGCCACUGUGCCUUUAUAAAGAAACAAAAUAAAGUUUGUACUUUGUUUUUUA